CCAGGGGUUAUAAUCGAACGAUACAAAGAUCUUUCAAGCCACACAAAAUGGCCUCAAAAAAUACGGCGAUCUUUGCUGCAGGUGCCUUCCUUAGGAGGAAAUUCGUUAGCACAAAUAUCAGCGCAUGCAAACGCUUGUGCACUUAGUUUUCGACACAGUUUUGCAUUGAAAGACACGCGAUCGUAUAGCACAAAUGGGGCUCCAAAACUAAACAAGAGAUUGAAGGAGACAUCAGAAUGUGUUAUUAUUGGAGGGGGAAUUAUGGGUACCAGCAUUGCGUAUCAUCUAGCGAAAGCUGGAAUGAAAGAUGUUGUAUUACUGGAGAAAACAGAGUUGACUGCCGGCUCAACCUGGCAUGCAGCUGGUCUAACAACAACAUUCAAUGCUGGUAUUAACCUGAAGAAAGUUCAUUACUACAGCGUGCAGUUGUUUAAAACACUUGAGGAAGAAACAGGACAGGAAAUUGGAUGGCAUGAUCCAGGUACAUUAAGGCUAGCCUGUAUUCCCCAGCGUGUGGAUGAACUGAGAUAUCAAAUGGCACGUCAGGGUUGCCGGGAAGCAGAGCAAUAUCUGAUUGGUCCAGACAAGAUUGCAGAACUUCAUCCAUUGUUAAACAUGAAUAACAUCCUUGCUGCAUUGUAUAAUCCAGGUGAUGGACAUGUAGACCCAUAUUCGCUUUCUCAUGCCUUUGCCAUUGGUGCACGUAAAUAUGGGGCUGAGUUUUACAUGCCAGCUCCAGUGAGAGGCCUUAAUCAGAGGGAAAAUGGAGAGUGGGAUGUUGAAACUGAUCAUGGAACAAUUCAUGCUAAACGUAUUGUGAAUGCUGCCGGUUUCUGGUCACGAGAAAUAGGGAAAAUGGUUGGUGUGGAACAUCCACUGUGUCCAAUACACCAUCAGUAUAUGGUUACAACCACCAUUCCUGAGGUAGAAGCUCUUGAGAAAGAGCUGCCUGUCAUUAGAGACUUGGAAGGUGGUUAUUAUGGGAGACAGGAGCGACAGGGGAUCCUAAUAGGACCCUAUGAGUCAGUUGAGAAGAUGAGGCUACAAGAUGAUUGGUGGGAUGGAGUGCCUCCAAACUUUGGCAAAGAACUUUUUGAGAGUGAUUUGGACCGACUCAGUGAACAUAUUGAAGCAGCAAUGGACAUGAUUCCUGUGUUGAAAACUGCUGAAAUAGCAAGUGUUGUUGCAGGUCCUAUUACAUACACCCCAGAUGUGGUAGGCUUGCUAGGACCUUCCCAUGAAGUCUACAACUAUUGGUUAGCAACAGGAUCUGGAUAUGGUAUUAUUCACUCUGCUGGUUUUGCACGAUAUCUGACACACUGGAUGAUUCACGGUGAACCGCUUCAUGAAAUGAGUGAUAACGACCCUGGACGAUACGGAAAAUGGACAACGAAGGAAUAUGUCCAUGAAAAAUGUCGUGAAACCUAUGGUUUUAACAACAUCUUAGUUUUUCCGAAGGAGGAACGGCCGUACGGUCGUGAGAUGAGGAUUAAUCCAAUUUAUGAUAAACUGGUUUUAAAAGGAGCUGAGAUGGGAGUCCAUGCUGGCUGGGAGCAACCAAACUGGUUUUCACAACCUGGUGAGGGCGGAUAUGAGCCAAGUUUCCGACGUACAAACUGGUUUGAACCAGUUGGACGAGAAUGUGAACUUGUUCUGAACAAAGUUGGUGUGAUUGACCUUACUCCUUUCGGGAAAUUUGAAAUCACUGGUUCUCAAGCGACGGAAUUCUUGGACUAUAUGGUUGCCAAUAAAUUACCAAAGGUUGGAUCAACGAACAUAAGUCAUCUGAUUACACCAAGUGGCAGAGUCUAUGCUGAAUUGACGAUCACCUCAUCUUCUCUGCAAUGUCUACCACCUCACAUCUUCUUCAGAUCUCUUCAUUUCAUAAUAUCUCUGACCAGCUCUCCUUCAUCUCUUCUUAUUACAUGGUUGAACGACCACGCCCGCCAAUACACAGAUGUUACGAUUACCAACGUCACGGAUGAUAUUGGAACUCUGGGUAUCGCAGGCCCUCGCUCUAGAGAAGUCUUAAGUAAACUCACCGACACGGACAUGAGCCAUGGAAAAUUCAAGUUUCUAACAGUCAAAGACAUUGAUAUUGCUGGUAUUCAAGUGAAGGCGUUACGAUUGUCAUACACAGGGGAGUUGGGCUGGGAGCUGUACUGUCAAAUGGAUCAGUUAGAAGCUUUGUAUGACGCCCUUAUGAAGGCUGGUGAGGAAUAUGGCAUAGGAGACUUUGGUACAUACGCCAUGACUAGUAUGAGAGUUGAAAAAGGAUUUCGUGCAUGGGGGAGCGAGAUGAAUAUGGACACGAAUCCUUUCGAAGUCGGUCUUGGUUUCUUUAUUAAACUAGACAAGCCAACAGAAUUUAUUGGGAAGGAAGCAUUGAAGCAGAUCGAAAAGGAAGGUUUGACAAGAAAAUGUGUUUGUUUGACCGUGGAUACAACGGAUGUUGACCCAGAGGGAGAUGAAACCGUCUGGCAUAACGGAAAGGUUGUUGGCGUGACGACCUCAGGAUGUUUUGGUUGGCAGGUUAGAAGAAGUGUUGCAUACGCAUUGCUUCCCAUAGAGCUGUGCGAGAAAGGUCAAGAGGUUGAGGUGGAAUUGCUGGGUGAACGAUGUCUAGCGAGAGUGGAGAACGAUCCUUUGGUCGACAUUGAAAUAGUUCGAUAUAGGAAAAUGUUGAAGGAACAGAAAAAGGCGUCAAAAUAAAGUCAGAAAGAAGGACCCUCAAUCCCGCAGGAUUUGAAAACAGCAGUAAAUUAUUGUGAAAAAAAGCGAGAAAUGAACGAAUCAAACCGGACGACAUUCGUUCAUCGUUGAAUAGGAUAUUUUUUUGUAGAAAAAUCAAUUUAUCUUUAGAGAAAUAUGCAUUAGGCAACAAUAUAAAUGAUGUUGUAUAUAGACGCAUUGUAAGCCAAUUCAAUAA